GAACUGGGUGUGAACCAAACUGAUCAGGAGAGAGAGAGAGGAGAGAGAGACAGGGAGGAUCCUGUGUUGUUACAGCUAUACUGGACCAGAAUCAAGACCAGGGUCCUGCAAAUCAAAGUCUAUACCACAUCCAGAGCAAGACAGGGUUCAGAACAGAUAACAACCAAGAAAAGGCUUCUCCAAGUCCAGGUCCAGAGAUAAGAUAUUAGAGAUAAGUCCAAAGCAAGUCCAGAGGAACAAGAUCUAUAAAGAUCAGACUGAUCAAGACUCAUUAGAACAGGGUUAACUCUGGGACCAAGCAGGAUCUCCAGGACCAAAACUGAGCCCAGGAUCAGCCCCAGGGUCAAGCAUCUUUCAGAUCUGGACUCAUCUCUGGAGCUUGUGGACUACGUUUCUGAGGAUGCUCUUCUGUGAUGAUCUGAGUGUACAGAGGAGAACCGUCUGGACAAGGACUAGAACAGAACCAGAUCUGAAAGCAGGUCUGGACCAAGAUGAACUUCUCUCUCUCAGGUAUAAAGUCCGGGCUAUGAUUCCAGGAAGGUCAAUAGUCCAGUCCAUAGUUCUGGUCCUGGUUCUUCUGGGGUCUCUGGUGCAAGUGGAUGGGUAUCUAAAUGAGGAUCAGGAGGAACUUCUAGUGGAGCUUCACAACCGCUACAGAGGAGUGGUCCAGCCCAGCGCCUCCGCCAUGUUACCUUUAAAGUGGGAUGGGAACUUGAAGAUUUUGGCUGAAAAAUAUGCAGCUACAUGUGUGUGGAACCAUAACCCAGAACUGGAGGACACUGGGGAGAACCUGUACGUUGGAACCGGAGAGCUAGAUCUGGAGAGGGCUCUGGAGAAGUGGUUCCUAGAAAAAGCGGAUUAUAGUUACUACAACAACAGCUGUGAAGAGGACAAGAUGUGCGGACACUACACCCAGAUGGUGUGGGCGGACACACACAGAGUGGGCUGUGCAGUGCAUCUCUGUGCUCAGAUGGAGGGACUGGGCUGGUCUGAUCCUACACACUUCCUCGUUUGUAACUACUUUCCUGCUGGGAACUACGAGGGAGAGCGCCCCUAUGUGGAGGGAGACUGGUGCUCUCAGUGUCCAGAGGAUUUUCAGAGAUGCUUGAACAACCUCUGCGCUCCUGAAGUAGAACCAACAGAACCAGAACCAGAAGAGGAGACAAUUGAGACUGGAACAGCUUCAGUAGAAGAGCCGGAUUCAGUGACUGACUCCCCUGUAGUCUUGGUUCCUGAACCUACCCAAGACUCAGAACAAAAUCCAGAUGAGAACACAGAGCCAACACCAGUGCAGGAUACAGACGAUCCAAAUGAGACCAUAGAGCAGGAGGCAGCGGUUCCCCCACCAGCUACAGAGUCUAUUCCACCAGAACCAUUGGUCACGCCAACUCCGGAAGAAACUGAGACUGGUUUACAAACUGAACCAGAGUCUGAAGACAAGAUUGAACCAGAAACCCCUAAAGAAGAUCCUACAAGAGGUCCAGCAGGGGGCGCUCAAGGGCACAUAGAAGAGAAACAGAAGGUAACUCUGUUAACCUUAAGCUUGUUUUAUUCCAUGUGGACAUACCAAGCCGACUGAUCUCCGGUGCAUUUUAUGCUUGCUACAUUCAGUCAUAUUUAGUAUCUGUAAACAUGGCAGCAUCUCUUAUGGAAAAUGUAUUUUAAUGUAAAACAUGUAUAAAAGAGAACUACAUGACCUUGUGAAUGUUUGAUCUCAUCUCAUCCCUGAGCUAAGAAGGUCUAGCACUUGGAUGGGACACUAUGGCAAUACCAAGUGCUGUAGUGCAGCAACAGUGGCUCCAGUGAAACUG